AUGCCAACAGGAUGGCCCGGUGGGAACGGCUUCUGCCGGAAGGCGAGGGCCGCGUACCACACGGCCACGCCUGUCAAUGACGGGAGGAAAGUCGUGUUCGUCGGAGGCGGGAAGAGCUGGGGGUGUUCUACAAUCUAUCUGCUCGACGCCGUUGGCUUGAUCUGGUCAUCUUUCCAGGCUGUCGGAGGCGUUGGCCUCUCGGAACAGCGGUGCUUACACACGGCGGUUUCGGUAACGGGUGUCGAAACGGAGAACAGCGAUGACGGCGGGCAGCAACCGCAUCGGCCACAACCAGAGGAGGAUGCAUCUCAACCGGAUUCUUCCGCCGCUGCCGUGCCUGACGCAGCCUCGUCGUCGCCGCCGCCGAUCCGAGGGGAGACCAGCGAAACCUCAGCGGCGGCAACGCCCAACGUGCAGUUGUGGGGGCCGGUAUCAACAGCGGCAGGACCAGGGAGCACGCCAUCGACAGAUCCCGAUAACGGCGCGGUAUCACCGACGGCGAAGAAGAAGGGAGGGGGCAAAGAAGGCGCGGCGGGGUCAAAAACGUCUAACACUAAGGACGCCGACAAGACUAGCGGCAGCCGAAGCAGCAGCGGCGACGAUCGCCGGCAGGGGGAAAGCACCGACUGUCAUGCCGGAGACGACGAAGGCGGAGACCCGCUGGUGUUCGAGAGCAUCCUUAUCUUCGGAGGUGUUGUGGGCGAGGCCGCUGUCAGCGGGGAGGGGACGGGGGAUGCGAUGGCCUCGCCGACGAGGAGGGAGGCGGCCAGGGUACCAGUGGCGAAGAUUCACAGGCCGCCACCACCAAGGUGUUCGACGGUGGAGACGUCUACACCGGGCAGCUGGACGCGAGCGGCCAAAGGCAGGGCAAGGGACGGUGCGACUACGGGGUGGCGGUGGAUGCGGCAGGAGAAGGGCCAGCUGCCGUCACGCUACCGGGGGGACUUCAAGCGAGGCGUCCGCGAUGGCCACGGCGUCUGCUCCUUCUUCACUGCCGGCUGCGGCGGGGGAUGUUCGGUGGCCACAGGUGGCACACCGGGUGCUACCAGUAUCCCGACCAUUCCGAACUCGUACGAUGGGGAGUGGGUGGGGGGUCGACCUCUAGGCAGGGGGGUCCUGUCGCUGCGAGUGGUGGCGGCAGCACCGGCAGCACCGGCAGCACCAAGUAACCGGUACAGCUCUUCGGUUGCCGGGUCGGGCUCGGGACUUGCAGGACGAGGUGGCGGCAGCGGCGGAUCAAUAGAAGGCCUGUGGACGGAAGAGGGGCUAGCCCGCGGGAGGGAAAAACUUCCGGGCAAGGGAGGCGUCUACGAAGGGCAGUACCGGCUGGGGAAGCGGGAGGGCCACGGCAGGCUGGACCUGCCGGACGGAAGCGAAUAUGAGGGGGCUUGGAGAAACGGACGGCAGAACGGUAUUGGCACCUUUCGUUGCGGCGUUACGCGUCACGUCUACACCGGGAAGUGGGUUGGGGGGGUCCGAUGCGGCAGAGGCGUGUGCGAGUACGCCUCGGGCAGCAGGUACGAAGGGCUCUGGCUCGACGGGCUGCGACACGGGGAGGGUGUCUUCUACGUUCCCCCCGGCGGAGCUCCCGGCGACGGCGACCCUGUGGCGGGAAUAUGGCACCGCGACGAGCUCAGUCUCGUGUCGUCUGCUGCUUCUGUUGGGGGGUCCCACCGCCCGUCGACGGAGGAGACGGCUCCGUUGACAAGCGUUCCGAACUGA